GAUGCUGAGCCGAGCUACCAUUUCACCUGCUUCCAAGUGGCCGCAGAGUUCAGUUACCGAUCACAGCAGCCAUGGAGAAGCCGCUGUCUCUGUUCCUGCUCCUCACCCAGCUCCUGGUACUGGUGAUCCUGGCCAGCUGCCAGAGGAACCAGAAGAAUCAGAAUCGCAAUCGGAAUGGCAACCAAAAUCCCGAACUGGAUGAUCUCAGGCGCUUGGGAUUGGGAAAUAUCAUCAAUGUGCCGCUUUAUAGCGAUGUGCCCCAAUCGCACUACGACUUCAUCGUGGUGGGAGCCGGAGCUGCGGGCUGCACCCUGGCCGCCCGCCUCUCCGAGAACCCCCAGUGGAGCGUCUUUCUGAUCGAGGCCGGCGGCGUGGAGAACCUCGUGCACCAGGUGCCCGUGCUGGCCGCCCACCUGCAGGCCACCGCCUCCAACUGGGGCUACCUGUCCCAGCCGCAGCGCCACGCCUGCCGGGGCAUGCCCCAGAACCAGUGCGCCCUGCCCCGGGGCAAGGUCCUCGGCGGCACCAGCUCCAUCAACUACAUGAUCUACAACCGUGGCAACCGACGGGACUUUGACGGCUGGUCGGCCUUCGGGAAUCCCGGAUGGAGCUACGAGGAGGUGCUGCCCUACUUCCUGAGGAGCGAGCGGGCCCAGCUGCAGGGGCUGGAGCACUCCCCCUACCACAACCACAGCGGGCCGCUUAGCGUGGAGGACGUGCGCCACCGCAGCCGGCUGGCCCACUCCUACCUGCGCGCCGCCCAGGAGGCGGGCCACUCCAAGACCGACUACAACGGCGAGUCCCAGCUGGGCGUGUCCUACGUCCAGGCCACCACCCAGAAGGGGCGGCGGCACAGCGCCUUCCGGGCGUUCAUUGAGCCCAUCCGCCAGCGCCGCCGCAACCUCCACAUCCUCACCCUGGCCCGGGUCACCCGCAUCCUCAUAGACGGCGCCACCAAGUCCGCCUACGGCGUGGAGCUCACCCACCAGGGCCGGCGGUACCAGGUGAAGGCCCGCAAGGAAGUGAUCCUCUCAGCAGGAGCCUUCAACUCCCCACAGCUCCUGAUGUUGUCGGGGAUCGGGCCGGAGGACAACCUGAAGGCCAUCGGGGUGCCCGUAGUGAAGGCCCUGCCGGUGGGGCGACGCCUCUACGACCAUAUGUGCCACUUUGGACCCACCUUCGUGACCAACACCACCGGGGAGAGCCUUUUCGCCGCCCAGCUAGGCCCGCCGGUCGUCAAGGAGUUCCUGCUGGGCCGGGCGGACACCAUCAUGUCCAGCAUUGGGGGCGUGGAGACGCUCACCUUCAUCAAGGUGCCCUCGGCCCAGAGCCCGGCCACCCAGCCGGACAUCGAGCUCAUCCAGGUAGCCGGCAGCCUGGCCAGUGACGAGGGCACUGCCCUCGCCAAGGGCGCCAACUUCAAGCCCGAGAUCUACAACAGGAUGUACAAGGACCUGGCCGACCGGCAGCAGGACCACUUCAGCUUCCUCAUCAUGCACUUCAAGCCCGCCUCCGUGGGCCGCCUGUGGCUGCACAACCGGAACCCCCUGGAGUGGCCGCGGAUCGACCCCAAGUACUUCUCGGCUGCCGGCGACGUGGAGCAGCUGCUGGAGGGCAUCAAGGAGGCCAUCCGGAUCACCCAGAUGCCGGCCAUGCAGGCCAUUGGAACGCGCCUGCUAGACAAGCCCGUGCCGGGCUGUGAGUCCUUCCAGUUCGCCUCCGACGACUACUGGCGGUGCUCCAUCAGGACGCUGUCCUACACCCUGCACCACCAGGUGGCCACCUGCCGCAUGGGGCCCGAGUCCGAUCCCACCACCGUGGUGGACCACCGGCUGAAGGUGCACGGCAUGCGGCGCCUCCGGGUGGUGGACACCAGCAUCAUCCCCCUGCCGCCCACCGCCCACACCAAUGCGGCGGCCUUCAUGAUCGGCGAGAAGGCGGCGGACCUGGUGCGGAGCGACUGGAGCUGAGGUCGGCCUUGUUUUGGUUUCGAAGCUCGGAAAGCCAAACAAGAAACUAAUCUUUAUGUAAACGGGUCAAUAAAGACAAGCCGGAGUGAGAGAUGAAAGUCGAAAGUGAGGAAUCGUUGGGGGAAACAACUGCAUAUGAAAUGAAGCUAUCGACGAAAAUAUGGAACUAGUUUAUAGAAACAAUACUUUUUUUUUUCCUUUUUUUAAAUUAAUAUAACUAAUAGACUAAUAGAAACUACCAUGUAAUAAAGACUAACACCUACUGCUCUUAA